AUGAUUCCUCUGCCGCGAAGGCUGGCAUCCCGUCAGUUAACUGGGUACGUUUGCAAUAGCUGUACCCGUCAAUUGGGUCGCCAAAGGAGGGGUUAUGCCUCCACGCCAUCAUCAACAACAGACGUGUACGAUGUUGUAUGUGUGGGAGGCGGACCAGCAGGACUGAGUCUGCUAGCAGCUCUGCGUUCUUCCCUAAUAACAGCCAAUCUCAAAGUAGCCUUGAUUGAGUCUCAAGACCUCAGCAAAACAAAGGAGUUCUCUCUCCCACCGACGCAAUUCUCGAAUAGAUGCAGUUCGCUCACGCCAUCUUCAGUCCGCUUUCUGGAUAGGAUAGGAGCAUGGAAGCAUAUACAGAGAGACCGAGUGCAGGCGUAUCAGGAGAUGCAAGUCUGGGACGGCCUUACAGGCGCGAGAAUUGAAUUCGACUGGCCUGGAGAAAAGCAGAGUGACACGAUUGCUUACAUGAAUGAGAAUCUUAAUCUUACAUCUGGAUUACUGAAACGAAUUGGGGAGACGGGGGGCGUAGAAGUGAUGGACGGGCAAAAGGUGGAAGAUAUCGUGCUAGGGGAGGCGACGGAAGAUGCUGAUCUAAGCAGCUGGCCUGUGGUGCAACUCAGUGGUGGCAGGAAGCUCGCUGCGAGACUGCUGGUGGGCGCAGAUGGAGCGAAUAGUCCGGUGAGGGCUUUCGCGGGGAUUGGCAGCAAAGGAUGGGAUUACGACAGGAAUGGAGUCGUCGCCACAAUCCAGCUGGAUGGCAAUGGAUGGGGAGGAGAUGAUAUCAAGACGGCGUAUCAGAGAUUCUUGCCUACGGGACCAGUCGCGAUGCUCCCUUUGCCAGGCAACUAUUCAACAUUGGUCUGGUCGACGACUCCUGCAUUGGCAGCCCAUUUAAAAUCUUUAAGCCCAAAGGAUUUCAUUGCCAUGGUUAAUUCAGCGUUCAGGCUAUCUCCGGUAGACCUAGCAUAUAUGCAUACACAAGAUGAGGGACAUACAGAAGAAUUCCAAUGGCGUUCACAGCAUACAAAGUUCGAUUCUCAGCGCAUACCACAGCUUGCAGUAGGGGUUCAAGAAGGAAGUGUGGCAUCAUUUCCGUUGAAGCUUCGCCACGCUGAUACAUAUAUCGGAGAAAGAGUUGCGUUGGUUGGAGAUGCCGCGCAUACUAUUCACCCUCUGGCUGGACAGGGUCUCAAUCAAGGACAGGGAGACGUUGAGAGCCUUGCAAAGACGAUCGAAUUUGCUGUCACCCAUGGGCAGGAUAUCGGAGUCCAGAUGUCUUUGGAGACGUACAAUGCAGAGCGAUAUGCGGCCAACCAUGUACUGUUGGGUAUAUGUGAUAAACUGCACAAGCUAUAUGCUAUUGAGAGUGGUCCGUUAGUGCCCCUGAGGAGUCUGGGUCUCAAAGCUGUGAAUGCUCUUGGGCCCGUGAAGCACUUCGUCAUGAGUCAAGCAGCAGGAACUGGUGCAAAAAUUCUGUAA